AUGCUAGAGUCGCCAGUACUAAUCCCGAUACCGAGUGCCGAACAUGAAUCUCAAAGCUCCAACAUGGCUAGCCCAGUUCAGUUUAUCAAAGAGUACAUUGAAAAGACACUUAAUACUCCGCCAGGAUUCCCCAUAAGUGUGGCUGCAGAACACUAUAAGCGGCAGCGUUUGAUUGAGGAAAUCGUUGAGUCGGAAAUAGAAUACGUUCAAAUGCUCAAAAUACUCCAGAAUUGUUUUCUGGACGUUUUGACUAUAAAUGAUUACAUUCCAAUGGAGGCACUUAACAAAGUCGUCACCAAGAUACUGCCACAACACGAGUCUUUUUCUGCUGCUCUUAACAGCCUUGUUGAAGGGAGUGUUAAAAGAUUUGAUGAGUCCACUGAAUUAAACUGGUCCGAUCUUUCGCUUACAUCUUGGGAUCACCUAGACUUAUGUGAAAAUGUUGGUCGACUAUUGGCAAACCAAGCAUUGCAAAAAGAUGAAUACCGUUCUUACGUCCAAUCCUACAACCAGGUAAGCCAUUUGUUGACUCGCAUGGGCCAAGAAAGCCAAGACCGACUCCUAUUUGCCAUACUGUUUCGCAUCGAGCUAUGCUUACCGAAGUAUUACUCUCGGACCUCUCAACAAGGGUAUAAACGCGAUUUUUCAUUCCGCGCCAUGAUUCAAAUGCCGAUAAAUAGAAUCGCCAAGUACAGGUUGUUUUUGGAGUCCUUGGUGUAUUUGACAGAAAAUCCAUCCAUUACUGACGUGCGGCGCCUCGAUCAUACAGAGUGUGAUAAAUUAACCCAAAAUAUCAAAGAUUAUCUGCACGACAUAUUCGAGUUUUUGCAGCAAAUCAAUGAAGCGCAUGUUGAGAGUUCAAAAGAUUCGGCGCUCACGCUGAUUCAAAGCCGGCUAGCAUUUGAUUUGCCCGAGGAGCGAAUACCGAUAGAGGCAAUGGGACCCUGUUAUUCGAAGGGUUGUUUGGCGGUAGCGUGGCCUUCGGCAGAAGAAACAUCUUAUACCAUAGGGUCCUACAGGAGAACUCGUUACUUUAACAACUUUUACAAGACUAAGAGAUCUCUUAAGAUUGAAAGCGAUCAGCUAGGAGUCUUUCUAUUCAAAUCAUAUUUGGUCUUGGCUGAGAUUCCAAGCUACAGGGAAAAAACAUCAAUCAAUGAGUGGCCAAUAAAGUUUGCCCUGAGAUUGUCUAACUGUCGAUUAAUAGACGACAUGAAUUCUCAGAUGGGCUCUAAAACGGAAGACAUUGGAAUGUUUUCGAAUUACGACAACACAAUAAAGAUCCAGUUUGACUAUGAUUUUAAGCUAUGGGAAAUAUUACUAUUUUGUAGAGACGCUGAAGAAUUUCACAAUUGGCGCAAGGAACUUGACCUCUUUAUUAACAAUGUGCACGCUAUUGGCGAUGAUUCGAAAGAACCCUCUAGACACGAAAGUGUGUCUCAGUCCACAUUAGAGAGCACUUUACAUUUCAGUGACUCUACAACAUUUCCGGAUCAAAUGGUUCCGUUUAUCAGCUACAAUGAAAGCUUAUCUGGUCGGUUUGAUCGAACCAGGUCGUUUAAGAGGCGGGUCAAUAAUUGGGCAGGGCAAUGCUACAAUGGAGAAAUUGCGAAAGUGGAGGUUGAUUUUCGAAAUUCGCUCAUGGAGAUCUCGCCGGCCUCUACGUGGUUUUUGAGAGGUUCAUCAAGCCGAGUAGAUUUAAGACCUGAAACUAGUAGAAGUAGCCUUAUGGGGCCAGUUGCAACGUUCGGUAAAACCGAAGACCGCACUCCUCCACGAACAUGUUCCGGAAUUGAAACUGAUUCUUGGGCUUUUAACGUUGUUUUCACAAAGUGGAAACGUGUGCAGGUAGAAAGAGGUAUGUGGGAUGUAUGGAGCUCACAUCUGGAGAAGCUAAGUGGAUUCGAUGACGAAAUGGCUUUGAGCCAAGACAAUAUGGGCCCAUAUACAUCGACCGUUGACACACCACGGACGGAAGCGCUGGUCAGAGCAUCGUCGGAGAACGUGAUAACCACCAAUGGGGGGAGCUCACCAGUUAGAGCCUCGACAUUUCGCAGUACUCGGUGGUCGAUAAAAAGAGUAUUUUCCCGUCGCAGGGGCAAAAAGGUGUAG